AUGUUCACCAAACUCAAGUUCUUCCUCGUUUUUAUUCUCCAAAUCCAUCUGACUUAUUCUCAAGCUCCUUGUUCUCCAGGGCAAACCUCACCAUGUCUCGGUUCAACACCUCCAGCAGCAGCUGAUCCUGCUACAACUGGAGGAUAUUUGAAAGAAUCCUAUGACGCUGCGUGGUCAGCCAUAGAGAAUGGACAAGUUAGUGCACAGGCCGUUAUGAAAAGUUUGCAAGAUCAGAUCCAGAAUGCUCCAGAAUCCAUGAGAAAGCUUCUGGAGGUUCUGCAGAUGGAGUUGGCGAGGUGGAUGAAAGCGAUCAAGAAGAAGAUGACUUAA